CACAGCCCUAGCGGAAAUUAAAUCAAGGAUACCACCGUACCCAUCAGUUUAAUUCUGCCACCUAGUACAUACAGUCUACUAUUAUAGCAAGAGGAGAGUUUAGCAGGAGCUUAGGAGCUACUAGAUCAUCCAGAGACAAGAUGUCUGACCGAUCUGACCGAGCUGUGCGCCCAAAGCGACGGAAUGCAGUGAGGCAAAGACAAGUGGUGGAGAUCAGAGGACACAAGUUUGUGCUCAACUACUUCAAACAGUUCACCUUUUGUGGCCACUGCACGCGUUUUCUAUGGGGUGUGACUGGACCUCAGGGCUACAAGUGUCUAUUAUGUGACUUUGCCAUUCACAAGCGAUGUAUGGAGUACGUCUCCUUCAUGUGUCCCGGCACUAGCCUGCCUGAGGGAAUUGAGCCACGCCCCCACAAGUUCCGAGCCACCACAUAUCACACCCCCACCUGGUGUGAUCACUGUGGCAGUCUGCUGUACGGGGUGCUCAAGCAGGGAGACCAAUGCACUGACUGUGGUACCAACGUUCACCAUCGUUGCAAGAGCCUCGUGCCCAAGACUUGCGGAGUAGGCCAGUCGGAGAAAAGGGGACGAAUUAAAGUCACCUUCUCCACACUGCAGCUGGACGAUGUUCACGUGCGAGUCAACAUUAUGAUUCACGAGUGCCGCAACCUUCCUCCCAUGGAUGCCAACGGUCUUGCUGACCCCUACGUGAAGCUAAGGCUUUACCCUGAGCCAACAGACGUGCCCAAUAUCAAGCAGAAGACUGAGAGACAGGAAAAAACCCUGGAGCCUAAAUUUGAAGAAGGGUUCUUUUAUGAUGUGAAUGUCACCACGCAGCUGCAAACAUACAUCGUGCUGGAGGUUUGGGAUUGGGACAAGUUUACUGCCAAUGACUACGUCGGAGGCUUUGCUCUCAAGAUUGAUGAGAUUAUAGAGCUGACCAAGAUGGAGCCACAUAUGUCCUGGUACAAGCUGCUCGAUGAGAAGAGAGCCAAGACCAACCACGAGAGGAUACUGGCUGAUGAUGAGGCCACCAAGUUGAUCGAGGAGUUUCGAAAGGCCACCAUUCUCGACAAAUCAAAGAAUCCUGAUUCUCAUGCCAUCCGGCGGCCGUCAGAGCUAGCACCGGGCUCCUCCCAGCUCCCCUCCAUGAAACUGAGUGACUUCAACCUCCUUGUGGUUCUGGGCAAGGGCAGCUUCGGAAAGGUAUUUCUGGCUGAGUGCAAAUCCACAAAAGAAGUGUACGCCAUCAAGAGCCUCAAGAAAGACCUGAUUGUACAAGAAGACGAUGUUGAGUGUACACUGAACGAGCGCAAGGUCCUGGCUCUCCAGGCCAAGCCGCCAUUCCUGACUGGCCUCCACUCUUGCUUUCAGACCACUGACCACUUGUUCUUUGUCAUGGAGUACAUCAAUGGUGGGGACUUGAUGUUCCACAUCCUGGAGUUAGGGAGGUUCCCAGAGAACCAAACAAAGUUCUACUGUGGUGAGAUCAUCCUGGGGCUGAGGUAUCUGCACGCUCGAGGGAUAAUCUAUCGUGAUCUCAAACUGGACAAUGUCAUGUUGGACGGUGACGGUCAUAUUAAGAUUGCUGACUUUGGUUUGUGUAAGGAGGGCAUUAUAGGAGGCAACAAGACAAGGACUUUCUGUGGCACUCCAGAUUACAUAGCUCCAGAGAUCAUCAGCUACCAGCCAUAUGAUGCAGCAGUGGACUGGUGGGCACUGGGUGUACUCACAUAUGAGAUGCUGGUUGGAAGGCCUCCUUUUGAUGGAGAUGACGAUGACCAACUGUUCAACAACAUCAUGGAGAAACCAGUACACUACCCCAGGGGCAUGUCAGACCCUGCCAAGAAACUCAUUCAAGGAUUUUUGACAAAGCAUCCAUCGCGGCGAUUGGGCUGUCAUCCUGACACUGGAGAAUCAGAUAUCAAGAGCGCACCGUUCUUCAAGAGCAUGGACUGGGAGCGUUUAGCCAGGAGAGAGCUGAAACCACCGUACAAGCCAAAGAUUCGUGGGAAAAAGUCUGUGAGCAACUUUGACCCUGAGUUCACGAAAGAGCCGUGUCGACUGUCCCCAGUGGACCCCACCGUGAUCGCUGCUAUAGAGCCCGAGGUGUUUGAAGGCUUCUCAUUCACCAACCCGGAGAUGUACAGUGAGGACUGAGGGACACAGCUAACCGGCUAGUAGCUCAAUAAACUAACACAUAUAAUUAGUUACGAUUAUAUUGUAGGGUAGCAAUGGAAAGAAUUGUUUUAUUAUUGUCCACAACAUGUAACUGUUAUUUACUGUUAUUUUUUUGAUGUACAUUGUUGUAUUGACUGCGUGUAUUAUUUCUCAUACUGUGAUUGCUAAGUUAUUUUAAUGAUAUUCAUUUACAUUUCAA